CAGAGAAGACAAUCCUCUAUCUAACAAACCCCAAUCUGAUAUUUCGUCACACAAAACCCAUUAGCGAAAAAGCUUACAAAAGGCAGAAAUAAAAAAAGAAGACUUGGUUCCCUUUCUUUUCUUGCAGCUCCUGCUAAGCAUCUUUACCUUAUUACUUUCCUUUUCUUGGUGGAGUAAAUUUUCAAUCUUGGGUUUCUUGUUCUUCAUUCUUCCCUUGCAUCACCUAAAUUCUGCUUCUUGUUUAUUGGGUCUUUAUUUUUUCCAUCUGGCAUUGUUUUUGCAUGAUCAGGAAAGUUCAAAGUUGAAUUGCUUUCCUCAUCAGGUUUAUCAGAUUGAUUAUUCUCCUUGGAUACUUGGUUUCUUGGAAUUUGGGUUUCUGUGAAAUUUUAAAAGCUGAUCCUUUCUGGGUUUUGUUGAUCAAACUGUGAAACUCAGGAAAAGGGUAGCAAGUAAAUUCUGUUACUUGAAUUGGUUUUCUUUCUUUUCCCUCCAUAUGGUUUAAAUUCCUGAACUUUUUAGUUGUUUUAAUUGGUUUUUUUUCCACUUUUUGGGUUUUCCUGAGAAUUCUUGAAGCCUCUUUUUUUGGGAUUCUGGUUCCAUGGGACUCUGUCAUGGAAAACCCAUUGAGCUUCAACAGAACCAAGCUAGAGACCUCUCUGUUCCAAAUGAAAAUGAUCCAACUCCAAAUACACGCACCACCAAAUCCUCCUCAACUUUCCCCUUUUACAGUCCCAGCCCACUGCCGAGCCUGUUCAAGACCUCGCCUGCUAUACCAAGCGUGAAUUCUACUCCUUUGCGGAUCUUCAAGCGGCCAUUUCCACCUCCUUCUCCGGCUAAGCAUAUCCGGGCACUGCUUGCACGGAGGCAUGGUUCCAUUAAGCCCAAUGAGGCCUCAAUUCCCGAGGGAAGUGAGUGUGAGGUUGGUUUGGAUAAGAAUUUCGGGUUCUCAAAGCAUUUUGCUUCUCAUUAUGAGCUUGGUGAGGAGGUCGGACGCGGCCAUUUUGGGUAUACUUGCUCGGCCAAGGGCAAGAAAGGGAGCCUGAAGGGUCAGGAUGUAGCUGUCAAAGUCAUUCCAAAAUCAAAGAUGACUACAGCAAUUGCCAUAGAGGAUGUAAGACGAGAGGUGAAGAUAUUAAGGGCUUUAACAGGUCAUAAGAGCUUAGCGGAGUUCUAUGAUGCCUAUGAAGAUGAUGAGAAUGUUUAUGUUGUAAUGGAGUUGUGCCAAGGUGGUGAACUGUUAGAUAGAAUACUUUCCAGGGGUGGGAAAUACUCAGAAGAAGAUGCUAAGGCUGUUAUGGUUCAGAUUCUAAGCGUGGUAGCCUUUUGUCAUUUACAAGGUGUAGUUCACCGUGAUCUCAAGCCAGAGAAUUUUCUUUUUUCUACAAAAGAUGAGAAUUCCCCAUUGAAGGCCAUUGAUUUUGGACUCUCUGACUACGUAAAGCCUGAUGAAAGGUUGAAUGAUAUUGUAGGAAGUGCAUAUUAUGUUGCGCCUGAAGUUCUACAUAGAUCAUAUGGGACUGAAGCUGACAUGUGGAGUAUUGGAGUAAUUGCUUACAUACUUCUUUGUGGAAGCCGACCAUUUUGGGCUCGGACUGAAUCAGGCAUCUUCCGUUCUGUCCUUAAAGCAGAUCCAAGCUUUGAUGAAGCACCUUGGCCAUCUUUAUCACCUGAAGCUAUAGAUUUUGUAAAGAGAUUGUUAAACAAGGAUUAUCGCAAGAGACUGACUGCUGCUCAGGCUUUGAGUCAUCCAUGGUUGGCCAAUUAUCAUGACAUACGGAUACCACAAGAUAUGAUCAUAUACAGGCUUGUAAAAGCUUAUAUAUUCUCAUCUUCUCUACGGAAAUCAGCCUUGGGGGGUCUUGCGAAGACAUUAACUGUGUCUCAGCUGGCUUAUCUUCGGGAACAAUUUAUGUUGCUUGGGCCAAACAAAAAUGGUUUCAUUUCCAUGCAGAAUUAUAAGACGGCAGUGACAAAGAUCUCUACUGAUGCUAUGAAGGAUUCACGGGUCCUAGAUUAUGUAGACAUGAUUGGUUCCCUUCAAUAUAGAAAAUUGGAUUUUGAAGAAUUUUGUGCUGCUGCCAUAAGUGUCCAUCAACUGGAAGGAAUGGAUACAUGGGAGCAACAUGCUAGACGUGCAUAUGAGUUGUUUGAGAAGGAUGGAAAUAGACCCAUUAUGAUUGAAGAACUUGCCUCGGAACUAGGACUUAGCCCAUCUGUUCCAGUUCAUGUGGUUCUCCAGGACUGGAUUAGACAUGCAGAUGGAAAGCUCAGUUUCCUCGGGUUUGUUCGACUUCUACAUGGGGUUUCAUCUCGCACAUUUCAAAAGGCUCAAUUUGGAUCCCAACAAUAAGUUUUAUCCCUUGCGACCUAUCUCGCAAAAGGAGACGAGAUGUAUCUGGUCAAGUAUUUGAUACGUCUUACUCAUGCUUCUGGCCAAGCCUUUCAUGCAUCUUAAUCAGGAAAUGGGGUUGCCAAAAGUUGAAGCUAAAUCCAGUACAUGCCAGGCUGAUGAAGCAAUGCCAAUUUGCACAAGUUCCAGUUGUUUCAUUUCUUCUCGUGCUUUUUAUCUCAGCUUUUCUGGGUCCAUUUUAAGUUUUAAAGAUUACUAGAGGACUGUACAGAUUAGAGUGGAUCUCAAAAUUUAUCUAGCGUUAAGUAAACAGUUUGUGAAGUUGCUUUCAUGGCUUCUGGUUCUUCGUCUCUAUAAUCACAUUGUAUAAUUGCUGUCAAGGGACUGGCAGGAUUCACUCCAGAUCUCGUUUCAAUCCUCAUGAAAUUGAGUCAGUAUUUUAGUACUUAGUUUUCUAGGGAUCUAAGCCAAAUAAAAGGACGGUUGUAUUUGUGAUAACAAAGCAAUGAACCAGUGACGGCUUAUUGUAUUUGGAUUAACAGAUUUAAGGAU